UAACCACUGCACCCUUUUCUUCCAUCACAUCUCUUUGUUCCAAUCUCAAACAAGUUUCACACACACACUACACCAAAAUAUCACAACUCUUAAUUUCCAUCUUUUUAUUGAUUGAGAAGCAAAUUAAAUGUCACAUAUGUUCAAUCCAUUAUUCAUUUGUGGAAGCUCUCAAGCCCAUGAAGAUCUAGAGGAUGAAAUGGACUGUUUAAGCCCUAAGAGAUCAAAGAAAGGAAACAGCAAUGGUAAGAACAACAACCCAUAUGCCAAUCGCGGCCUUGACAAGUUCUCUGCUCUCUUAGCUGAAAUCCAAGACAAGAAACAGAAGAUCUACACGCAGGUUGGUGCCGAUGAAAUCUCCAUCGUCCGAUUCGUCUUCUCGUCGAACUCGAACCAUGUCAAGCCCAUCGUCGUCAAGCUGAAGGGCGGGAACACGAAGAAAGAAAACACGCCCGCGAGAAGAUCGGGCGAAAGCAUUAACAAUGAAGAUGAGGUUAUUAAAGAUGUUGAGAAGGUCAAAGAAACUGGGUGCUGCUCAAAGAGAAAGUUCACAAAGACUGUGUCUUGGAAGAAGAUGACUUUGGAAGACUGGAAGAACCCGAGGUUUUAUAUGCCGUUGACCAUAAUAUUGAUUCUUGUUUUUCUGGCGGUUUACGGCCGGACGUUUGCGAUUUUGUGUACGUCUGUCGGGUGGUAUGCGAUCCCGGCCAUCAAAGAAAAGCGGCCGGAGACGGUGGGGAGGAGGAAAAGGAAGGAAUAUGCGAGAGGAUUGAGUGAAAAGAAUGUUGUUGUUGGAAGGGGAGGUCGGUCGGAAAAUAGUGAAAUUGGCUCGCCUUCUUCUCCGACGAGUGUUUUACGGUCGCCGUCGGGAAACCAUCAUCACCGGAAAAGCUUUUGAUAUACCCGAAUGAUGACCGAGUACCAUCACAGCUGAGCUGGCGACCUUUGUUAAGGUUUUCCAUUUCUUUUUUUUUUCGCCCAAUUUUUAAAGGUUGAAUUUGGAGACUCAAGUCAUGACCACAGCCUGAUUCCAUAUAGCAUAUGGGAGGUUGUUAAUCAAAGAUGACUUAGUCAAUCUAAGACUCACAAAAUAUCACGAGUAACAUUAUUGUUCCGAGUUUGGAUCCUUAAUGUGAAAAUAUAUAGAUAUUUUCGUUGAUUUGUACAUAAUGCCAAACUAUAUGUCCUCCAAAUUCCACUUCAAGACAUAGUUUGUUUAUAAGUUUAUUAUGUGUUUGUAAUUUAGUUGCUACGGAGUAUGUUUAAUUUCAUGUAACAAUGAAAUAUAUGAUAUACAUAAUACAUGCAAGUGGAUGCAAGUGGUUAUGUAUACUACCUCCAUUCUUAAAUUCUUAAAUAAGUACAACAAUCAACUUUUCACA